AUGGCCAACGCUCCGCACGGUGGUGUCCUCAAGGACUUGCUCGUUCGCGAUGCCCCCAUCGCCGCACAGCUUCGACAAGAAGCCGACACGCUUCCCGAGCUCGUCCUCACAGAGCGUCAGCUCUGCGAUCUCGAACUCAUCAUCAACGGUGGUUUCUCCCCUCUCCAGGGCUUCAUGAACCAGGCCGACUACAACGGCUGCCUCGACACCAUGCGUCUGACUGAUGGCAACCUCUUCCCCAUGCCCAUCACGCUCGAUGUGGACCAGCAGCAGAUCCAGGCUCUCAAGAUCCAGCAGGGUGCCCGCAUCGCGCUGCGCGACCCUCGCGACGACAAUGCCAUCGCCAUCAUCACUGUUACUGAUGUCUACGCUGUCGACAAGGUGCGCGAGGCCAAGGCCGUUUUCGGCUCGGACGACCUCGCCCACCCGGCCAUCACCUACCUCCACAAGUCGGUCAAGGAGUUCUACGUCGGUGGUGAGGUCCAGGCCCUCUCCAAGCCCAACUACUACGACUAUGCCGAGCUUCGAUACACCCCCGCCGAGCUGCGACAGCACUUCGCCAAGAUCGCCUGGCGCAAGGUUGUCGCCUUCCAGACGCGAAACCCCAUGCACCGCGCUCAUCGUGAGCUGACCGUGCGAGCUGCUCGUCAGCGCCAGACCAAUGUGCUCAUCCACCCGGUUGUGGGUAUGACCAAGCCUGGUGAUGUCGACCACUACACUCGUGUGCGCGUCUACCAGUCGCUCAUGCCUCGUUAUCCCAACGGUAUGGCUACCUUGGCUCUGCUGCCCCUCGCUAUGCGCAUGGGUGGUCCUCGUGAGGCUCUGUGGCACGCCAUCAUCCGCAAGAACUUUGGUGUCACCCACUUCAUCGUCGGUCGUGACCACGCCGGCCCUGGUAAGGACUCGAGCGGCAAGGACUUCUACGGCCCUUAUGACGCCCAGACGCUCGUCACCAAGUACACCGAGGAGCUUGGUAUUGAGAUGGUGCCCUUCCAGCAGAUGACCUACAUCCCAUCCACCGACGAGUACCAGCCCGUCGACGAGGUCGCUCCUGGCACCCAGACAAUGGACAUCUCCGGAACUGAGCUGCGUCGUCGUCUUCGUACGGGUGCUGCCAUCCCCGAUUGGUUCUCUUACGAAUCGGUCGUCAAGACGCUGCGCGAGUCUUACCCGCCCAAAGCCAAGCAAGGCUUCACGCUCUUCUUGACCGGUCUGCACAACUCGGGCAAGGACCAGAUCGCCCGUGCGCUGCAGGUCAAGCUCAACGAACAGGGCGGUCGUUCCGUGUCUCUGCUUCUCGGCGAGACGGUUCGUUCCGAGCUGUCGUCCGAGCUCGGAUUCUCGCCCGAGGACAGGCAGAAGAACAUCCAGCGCAUCUCGUUUGUCGCUGCUGAACUCACGCGUGCCGCUGCCGCUGUCAUUGCUGCCCCCAUUGCGCCUUACGAGAAGUCGCGCGCCGCAGCUCGCGAGACAAUCUCCAAGACGGGCGGUGCGGGCAACUUCUUCUUGAUUCACGUCGCUACUCCUUUGGAGUUCUGCGAGAAGACUGACCGCAAGGGCAACUACGCCAAGGCACGCGCCGGUCAGAUCAAGGGCUUCACUGGCGUCGACGAUGUGUACGAGGAGCCCACCGACGCUGACCUGGUGGUCGACAUCUCGAGGCAGAGUGUUGCGGAGAUCACCCACUCGAUCAUCUUGCUGCUCGAGGCCCAGUCGCUCAUCUAG